AUGUCUUCUUCCUCUUACCGGCCGCACCCCUUGCGGCAAACACAAACGGCCGACUAUGAAUCAUCCGUCUACCGACAACCCUCGACCGCAUCCUCUUCCGCAUCUUCAGGGUAUUCCAAUGCAUCAUCCGGGGCGUACGACUUCGGCCGAGCCUCAAUGACAUCCUCGCCAUCCAGCACCUACUCCAGUUACGGGCAUAAACGUGGUCUAAGUGAGGUCACCCGUCGACCUCCCCCGCUGCACGCACCGCAAAGCCAGGCCACGACGACGACAGCCUCGGAAAACAUCUACUCCGCAGCGCGGCAAUCGCUUCGACCGCUGCCACAAGUCCCGCGUCCGACAACACCACCGAGCGCCCCAAUUCGCCAUGACCGCGGACAGAGUCUGGACAUUGGGAAACUGUCGAUUGCUGAUCGCGGUGCGACAUCUCCAACACCCGCUGGGCCUCCGACCCCGCCACACCAUCGUUCGCCCAAUUCCCGUCCCACAUCGAUGCUUCUAACCCGCGCGGACUCAGUACGCCGUGGUAGCGAUCCUGGAAUGGCCCCUAAUCUGGCUCUUGUACAUGCCCACACGGCUCCUCUUACGACACCCGACCUUGAGAGGCUUGGUCGCUCGUCGACAAAUCAACUCCGCACCUUGUCCAAACUAGCACAAUCCGGAUCUGCCGAUGAAUUUGCCCUUACCGCGCCCGCGCAAGAGGUGGUGGGUCUCAAGGGCCGGCGGAGACUGCAAAGGACGGACAAGACCGGGGGCAAUCGUGUAGCGCAGCGGACGGGCGGUUAUGGCUGGGAGGGGAGGAACUGGAUGGAUAAGCAGCGCCAGUUUCUCCAAGCCUAUGAAUACCUUUGCCAUAUAGGUGAAGCGAAGGAGUGGAUCGAGGAUGUCAUCCAGCGCACGAUCCCGCCUAUCGUGGAGCUGGAAGAGGCCCUGAGAGAUGGUGUCACGCUUGCUGAAGUGGUCGAAUCGCUCAACCCUCAACGGCGUUUCAAGAUUUUCCACCAUCCACGGCUCCAGUACCGGCACUCGGACAAUAUCGCCAUAUUCUUUCGCUAUCUGGACGAGGUCGAGCUACCAGAUCUCUUCCGGUUCGAGCUCAUCGAUUUGUACGAGAAGAAAAACAUUCCCAAGGUCAUCCACUGCAUUCACGCGCUGAGUUGGUUGCUUUUCCGGAAAGGCAUAGUGGACUUCCGGAUCGGCAAUCUCGUCGGGCAGUUGGAGUUCGAACACCAUGAGUUGGAGGCAAUGCAGAAGGGUCUCGAUAAGUUGGGGGCCAAUAUGCCGAGCUUCGGCAACAUGGGAGCCGACUUUGGGGUGGAAGAGCCGCCGGAGCCGGAAGAAACGGAGGAGGAGAGAAUCGACAGGGAGCUCGCCGAGAACGAAGGCGCCAUUGUGGAUCUCCAGGCGCAGAUUCGCGGCGCUGUGCUCCGGAUGCAUCUCGGAGAUGUGAUGCAGAACCUCUGGGACUCGGAAGACUGGCUGAUCGAGCUCCAGGCGCGGAUUCGCGGCGACUUUACGCGCCAGAUCAUGGACUAUCGGCUCCAGAUGAGGCGCUUCGCCGUUAGUCUCCAGAGUGCGGCCCGCGGGUUCCUGAUCCGUCGUCGCCAAGAAGGGACGCAGCAGGUGUGGAAGAGCGUGGAGAAGGAUAUCCUGAAGCUCCAGAGUCUGGUCCGGGCAAACAAGGCGCGCCGCCAUAUUCAGGAAGAGCAGUCGCAAUUGAUGGUUGCGGCGGCCCCUAUCCGGGAUAUCCAAGCCACAUUCCGCGGCUUCCUGCUCCGCAAGAAGAUGGAUGCGCAAGAGGAGGAAGUAAAGCAUACGACUGCCCCUGUCGCUGGCCUUCAGGCUGCAGUCCGCGGUCUGCUCGUUCGCAAGAAACUCGAGGGGGAGCAGAUCGAGCUGCAGUCACAGACCGAGGCCGUGACAGGUCUUCAGGCCGCCGUACGGGCUGCGAUAGAAAGAAACCGGGUCUCGAUGCAGAUGGAGGCCCUCGAAGAGCUAACUCCCAUGUGGGAAACGCUGCAAGCGGCUUGCCGCGCGAACCUUGCUAGAAGCGCGGUGAACGGCGUCAAGGCGGAGCUUGGAAAGCACACGUCCGAGAUUGGGCAGCUCCAGUCGCACAUCCGGGCCGCAGCGGUGCGUCGGGAAACUUCUGAAACGCUCGAGAGUUUGGGCGAUGCGGAGGAGGAGGUUCUGGCCCUGCAAGCCACUAUCAGGGGCAUGCUGGAGCGGAACCGGGUGUCCGACCUUCUCGAGGCAUUGGAUCAGGAGGAAGAGUCGAUUAUCCAACUGCAGUCUCAAAUGCGCGGCGCCCUCUUCCGCCAACAGCAAAACGACGUCUUGGACGACCUGCAGACCAACGAGGAGGAAGUCUGCGCCCUGCAAUCUCUUGCCAGGGCGAUGCUUCUCCGGGACAACGUCGCGACGGUCCUCGACGAGCUGGAGGAGAACGAAGAAGUUGUUGGCGAGGUCCAAGCUGCCGCCAAGGCGUUCAUUGUUCGGGCCAAGUAUGAGGAGAAGAAGCGGCACUACAACGAGAACAUGCAGAAGGUGGUCAAGAUCCAGAGCUUCGUGCGCGCCAAGCUCCAGGGCGAGGCGUACAAGAGCCUGACGUCCGGCAAGAACCCGCCGGUCAACGCGGUCAAGAACUUUGUCCACCUGCUCAACGACAGCGACUUUGACUUCAACGAGGAGGUCGAGUUUGAGCGGAUGCGCAAGACGGUGGUACAGCAAGUCCGACAGAACGAGAUGCUGGAGCAGUACAUCGACCAGCUGGACAUCAAGAUCGCGCUGCUAGUGAAGAACAAGAUCACCCUCGACGAAGUCGUCCGGCAUCAAAGCAACUUUGGCGGCCACGCCCACACACUGCUCGCCAACAGCACCAUGGCCAGCAUCAACCAGUUCGACCUGAAGGCGCUCAACAAGGGCUCGAGGAAGAAACUCGAGUCGUACCAGCAGCUCUUCUUCUUGCUCCAGACACAGCCGCAGUACCUCGCCCGGCUGUUCAAGCGGCUGCGGGAACAGGGCACGGGUGAGAAGGAGUGCAAGCGGAUCGAGCACCUUAUGAUGGGCCUGUUCGGAUACGCGCAGAAGCGGAGAGAGGAGUACUACUUGCUCAAGCUCAUCGGGCGGGCUAUCCGGGAGGAAGUCGAGGGCUGUAAGACAAUCCAAGAUUACCUCCGCGGUAAUUUCUUUUGGUCUCGGAUGCUGCAGAACUACACGCGGUCCCCCCGCGACAGAAAAUAUCUCCGGGACCUGCUCGGCCCCCUGAUCCGGGACAACAUCAUCGAGGAUCCCGAGCUUGAUCUGGAGAGCGACCCCAUGCAGAUCUACCGGUCGGCCAUUAACAACGAGGAGCUGAGGACAGGCCAGGCGAGCAACCGGCCGCUAGACAUCCCGCGCGAGCUUGCCAUCAAAGACCCGGAGACGAAGGCCGUCUUCAUCGACCAUCUGCGCGACCUCCGAGAGAUCUGCGACCAGUUCCUCGCGGCGCUGGAGGAUCUGCUCCCGCGCAUGCCGUACGGGCUUCGAUUCGUGUGUCGCCAGGCUUUUGAUGCGCUUUGCCAGCGCUUCCAGCGCGAACCCCGGCCGCGCAUGCUGCAGCUAAUCACCAACUGGCUGUGGAAAUUCUACCUCCAGCCCGCGGUGACCACGCCCGAGAACGUCGGCGUGAUGGACAAGCAGUUGAGCCCCCUGCAAAAGCGGAACCUGGGAGAGGUAGCCAAGGUGUUGGGUCAGAUCACGUCUGGCAAGCAGUUUGGUGGUGACAACAUCUACCUCCAGCCCCUCAACGCGUUUGUCGCGGACGCGAUCGAGCGGUUGGCCGAGUUCACCGAGAACCUCAUCAACGUGCCCGACGCGGAGAGCACGUUUGACAUUGACGAGUUCAACGACCUGUACGCCAAGAACAAGCCGACGCUGUACAUCAAGCUGACCGACAUCUUUGCCAUCCACAACCUCAUCGCCUCGGAGCUGCCGCACCUGGUCCCCAACCGCGACGACAUGCUCCGCGAGAUCAUGCAGGACCUCGGCAGCGCGAAGAGCAACGAGAGCGAGAUGACGGCAGCCGGGUCAUCAGACAUCCAGAUGUUCCUAACCCCCAAACUGCACGAGCUGGAAGACCCGGACGCGGACAUCAAGACGCUCUUCAUGGAGACCAAGCGCUGCAUCCUGUACAUUAUUCGCGUACAGACGGGCGCCAACCUCCUGGAGAUCCUCGUGAAGCCCAUCUCGCCCGAGGACGACUACAAGUGGGCAACGCUGCUGCGCGACGACUUUGCCAGCGGCUCCAACACCCGGGGCGCCUACUCUGACGCCAACAUGGUCGACGUCACGCGCAUGUCGUACUCAGACCUCAAGCGUAUCGCGCUGGAGAAUGUGAUGCGGCUUGAGCAGAUGGGCCGCCUCUCGCGGCACAACCAUUACCAGGAUGUGCUUAAUGCCAUUGCGGUUGAUAUCCGUACCAAGAGCCGUCGGCGGGUGCAGCGGCAGCGCGAGCUGGAGGGCGUCCGGUUGACGCUGGGGAACUUGCAUGAGAAGGCCAAGUACCUUGAGCAGCAGCGAAGGAGUUAUGAUGAUUAUAUUGAGCAGGCUAUGGCUACGUUGCAGAACAAGAAGGGCAAAAAACGUUUCCUCCUCCCCUUCACCAAACAAUACAACCACCAACGCGAACUCGAACGCUCCGGCCGCGUCCCCAAAUUCGGCUCCUACAAAUACAGCCUGCGCGCCCUCUCCGACAAAGGCGUCGUCGUUUCCUGGCAAGGCAUGCCCGAGCGCGAAUGGAACCAAAUCAACCUGACCAUCUCGUGUGACGAAGUAGGCGUGUUCAGCAUCGAGGGGAGUCGCGGACAUAUCCAGAUGCCCGGGGCGAGUGCGCUGGUGCCGAUUGAGGAUUUGUUGCAGGCGCAGUUUGAGGCGCAUCAGUUUAUGAAUCUUUUUGAGGGGGGCGGGUUGAGGUUGAAUGUGAAUUUGUUGUUGCAUUUGUUGUAUAAGAAGUUUUAUCGGACGCAGUAG